AACACGCUUUUCACGUUUUGUGUCAGGACUCAGGAUUGAGGUGGAGGAGGGGCCUCGGCGACUCUUUGCCCCACUUCACUGACGCACAGAACAGAAGGUUGUAUUAGAAGUUAAGAACAUCGUCAUCCCUGAACCCUCGCACAAAGGCACAAAGGCACAAGGAAGGCACAAAGGCACAAGGAAGGCACAAGGCACAAAGAGCUUUUGCGUUUUAGUAAAGAGAGAAAGAUAGAUAAAUAUUAAUUGGCAGUGGAAUGGAUGAGAUGAGAAUUGAGAAUUAGAGGUAAUUAAGAAUCCAGCUCUUAUCCUACCCUAGUAUCAGAUUUCUUUGGUUUUUGGGUUUUCUUCCUUUUUUUUCUCAAUUUCUUUCCAAAUUAUAGAUAGUCUCAUAUCCAAUCACACCGUUAUCAUCUCCCUUGCUUGCCCUUGCUUGCUGGGUGUGGUCCAGUGGUGUGGUGUGACGAGGGCAAUUUUUCACCGACGACUAACUAGAUUACCAUAGUUUUUAAUCAAUCAACAGUACAAGUCCUUGUAGAUGAGAGACUAAGUGAGAUUUUUUAUAUAGAAGAAAUCGGUUGCUUGCGUGUUUUGAGACUUGAGUAGAGCGGAAUUAUCUAUAUAUUUAUAAAACAACUAGAGCAAAUAAAUAUAAAUGAGCCAUGUCGAUACCCAAGGAGCCGGAGCAGGUGAUGAAGCUAAGAGGAGGAUCAGUACUGGGCAAGAAGACCAUUCUCAAGAGCGACCACUUCCCAGGCUGCCAGAACAAACGCUUGUGUCCCCAGAUCGAUGGCGCUCCCAAUUACCGUCAGGCUGAUUCACUACAUGUUCACGGUGUUGCCAUUCCAACAGUCGAUGGAAUCCAGAAUGUUCUUAACCAUAUUGGAGCUCAACAAAUUGAUGGGAAGCGAACACAAGUUCUUUGGAUUAACCUCCGCGAGGAGCCGGUGGUCUAUAUUAAUGGGCGCCCUUUUGUUUUGCGUGAUGUGGAGAGGCCCUUUUCCAACCUUGAGUAUACGGGAAUUAACAGGGCUAGGCUUGAACAAAUGGAAGCCCGAUUAAAAGAAGAUAUUUUAAUUGAAGCUGCAAGAUAUGGGAAUAAGAUCCUUGUCACUGACGAACUACCAGAUGGUCAGAUGGUGGAUCAAUGGGAACCAGUAUCACGGGAUUCUGUGACGACACCGCUAGAGGUUUAUGAGGAAUUGCAAGUACAAGGAUACCUUGUUGACUAUGAACGUGUCCCUAUAACUGAUGAAAAAUCACCCAAGGAGCUGGAUUUUGAUAUUUUGGUUCAUAAAAUUUCUCAAGCUGAUAUAAAUGCAGAAAUAAUUUUUAACUGCCAAAUGGGACGUGGACGAACUACAACAGGAAUGGUGAUAGCAACUUUGAUAUAUCUCAACCGUAUAGGAGCUUCCGGUAUUCCAAGAACCAAUUCAAUCGGGAAAGUUUCUGACUCCAGUGCAAUUGUCACUGACAAUUUUCCAAACUCAGAAGAUGCGAUUCGUAGAGGAGAAUAUGCAGUCAUAAGAAGCUUGAUUCGAGUAUUAGAGGGUGGUGUUGAAGGCAAAAGACAAGUGGAUAAAGUUAUUGACAAGUGCGCCUCUAUGCAGAACUUACGUGAAGCAAUUGCCACUUAUCGCAAUAGUAUUCUGCGCCAACCAGAUGAGAUGAAAAGGGAGGCGUCACUUUCAUUUUUCGUGGAGUAUUUGGAACGAUACUACUUUCUUAUAUGCUUUGCUGUGUACAUUCAUUCAGAGAGAGCAGCCCUCCGCUCUAGUUCCGUUGGUUAUAGCAGUUUUGCUGACUGGAUGAAAGCUAGGCCAGAACUGUAUAGCAUUAUUCGCAGGUUGCUGAGAAGAGAUCCAAUGGGUGCACUUGGAUAUGCAAGUUUGAAACCAUCUUUGAAGAAGAUUGCUGAAUCUGCUGAUGGCCGGCCUUAUGAGAUGGGUGUAGUUGCGGCCUUGAGAAAGGGCGAGGUUCUUGGUAGCCAAACAGUUUUGAAAAGUGACCACUGUCCUGGUUGUCAAAACCAAAAUUUACCAGAAGGAGUGGAUGGUGCCCCUAAUUUUCGGGAGGUCCCUGGAUUUCCAGUGUAUGGAGUCGCGAAUCCAACAAUUGAUGGUAUACGAUCUGUCAUCCAAAAGAUUUGUAGCUCCAAAGAUGGUCGACCAGUUUUUUGGCAUAAUAUGAGAGAAGAACCUGUGAUUUACAUCAAUGGAAAACCGUUUGUACUCCGUGAGGUUGAACGACCAUACAAAAAUAUGCUUGAAUACACGGGUAUCGAUCGUGAGAGAGUGGAGAGGAUGGAAGCUCGACUGAAAGAAGAUAUACUGCGAGAAGCUGAGCAUUAUGGGGGUGCUAUAAUGGUUAUUCAUGAAACAGAUGAUGGGCAAAUAUUUGAUGCUUGGGAACAUGUAAAUUCUGAGGCUAUUCAGACCCCACUUGAGGUUUUUAAAGGUUUGGAGACAGAUGGUUUUCCCAUAAAGUAUGCGCGUGUGCCCAUCACUGAUGGUAAAGCUCCCAAAAGUUCUGACUUUGACACGUUGGCUAUUAAUAUUGCUUCUGCAUCCAAGGACACUGCUUUUGUUUUCAAUUGCCAGAUGGGCAGAGGAAGGACAACCACAGGUACUGUAAUUGCUUGCCUUUUGAAACUUCGAAUUGAGCAUGGGAGACCUAUCAAAAUCCUGGUUGACAAUAUUACCCUUGAAGAGGUGGAUGGUGGUAGCUCAAGUGGUGAAGAAUCAGGAGGUAAUAGUGCUGCAUCAACCUCCAGUGUUACAGCUGUAAGAAAUGAAAAGGAUCAAGGCCGUGUAUUUGGCAUGAAUGACAUCCUCUUGUUGUGGAAAAUAACAAGAUUAUUUGAUAAUGGGGUGGAAUGCCGAGAAGCCUUAGAUGCUAUAAUUGAUAGAUGUUCUGCUCUACAGAACAUACGCCAAGCCGUUCUGCAAUAUAGAAAGGUAUUCAAUCAACAACAUGUUGAGCCAAGGGUAAGGAGGGUGGCAUUGAAUCGUGGCGCUGAGUACUUGGAGCGCUACUUUCGUUUAAUUGCUUUUGCAGCAUACUUAGGAAGUGAAGCAUUUGAUGGAUUUUGUGGGCAAGGAGAAUCUAGGAUGACAUUUAAGAAUUGGUUGCAUCAGAGACCAGAAGUUCAAGCAAUGAAAUGGAGCAUAAGAUUAAGGCCUGGACGAUUUUUUACUGUCCCUGAGGAGUUGAGAGCACCACAUGAAUCUCAACAUGGAGAUGCUGUCAUGGAGGCCAUUGUCAAGGCCCGUAGCGGUUCUGUUUUGGGGAAAGGAUCUAUACUUAAAAUGUAUUUCUUUCCAGGUCAGAGGACUUCUAGCCACAUACAAAUUCAUGGUGCACCACAUGUUUAUAAGGUGGAUGGAUAUCCUGUGUAUAGCAUGGCUACGCCAACAAUUCCUGGUGCCAAAGAGAUGCUAGCAUAUUUAGGUGCCAAGCCCAAAGCAGAAGGAUCUGCUGCUCAGAAAGUGAUUUUAACUGAUCUGAGAGAAGAAGCAGUUGUUUACAUUAAUGGCACACCAUUUGUCUUGCGGGAGCUAAACAAACCUGUUGAUACACUCAAGCAUGUGGGAAUCACAGGCCCAGUGGUGGAACACAUGGAAGCACGACUAAAAGAAGAUAUACUAUCUGAGGUCAGACGGUCUGGUGGCCGUAUGCUUUUACAUCGUGAAGAAUAUAGCCCGGCAUUGAAUCAGUCCAGUGUCAUUGGAUACUUGGAAAAUAUCUUUGCAGAUGAUGUGAAGACACCAGCUGAAGUAUAUGCUGCUCUGAAAGAUGAGGGUUAUAAUAUUACAUAUAGAAGAAUACCAUUAACUAGAGAAAGGGAGGCUUUAGCUUCUGAUGUGGAUGCAAUUCAAUACUGUAUAGAUGACUCUGCAGGGUGUUACCUUUUUGUAUCACACACGGGGUUUGGAGGAGUUGCAUAUGCAAUGGCUAUUAUUUGUAUUAGAUUUGGUGCAGAAGCUGACUUUGUAUCAAAGGACCCACAACUACUGUUUAGAACGAAUCCAUCAUAUACAACUGAAGAGGACUUGCCUUCUCGAGCUUCUGAUGAAGAAGUUCAUAGGAUGGGUGACUACCGAGACAUACUAAGCCUUACGAGAGUUCUUGUGUAUGGGCCCAAGAGCAAAGCAGAUGUUGACGUAGUUAUUGAAAGGUGUGCAGGGGCGGGGCAUCUACGAGACGAUAUUCUUUAUUAUAGUAAGGAACUCGAGAAGUUCCCUGACGAUGAUGAUGAGCAUCAAGCAUACCUCAUGGACAUGGGUAUCAAAGCAUUAAGGCGGUACUUUUUCCUUAUCACAUUUAGGUCUUACCUCUACUGCACUUCUGCAGCUGAGAUAAAAUUCGCAUCAUGGAUGGAUGCAAGGCCUGAACUAGGACAUUUAUGUAAUAACCUUAGGAUCGAUAGAUGAUCUCAUUAGCAAUGCUUGUAAAAUAUAUUUAUGUACAGUUGGCAAUACGUUGCCAGUUAUGGUUUUCCUCUCCCUCUCGCCCAAUGUAAAAGAAAAAAAAAAAACUCCUACAGUGGAAAAAAAUAAGGUCAUGUCUUAUCAUCUGAAUUAGUUCUUUUAUUGCCUUGUCUUUUACUAUUAGACUCUCUCAAGAAUCUCUCUCUUUAUCUCUCAACCCUAGCUCUUCUCUUCUUCAAGCGCCGCUUCUUUUGGGGGAGUUGGUCACUAACGUUCCUCCCCUCUCCCCCUUCUUCCCGCUUUCUCCCCUUCCCCCUCCUCCCUCUUUCUCCAUCUUUCUUUUUCAUCUCCCUUUGUUUUUUCUUUAGGUUUUCUGGCCUUCUUUUCCUCCUCCUUCCUCAAUCUCCUUUCCUUUCAUUUUAAGACAUUCUAAUCCCUCUCCUUUUCCUCCCCCUUCCCUCCAUUUUCCUUCAUUUUCCUCUCUUCCACCAAUUUGGGGUUUGUUUUUGCAGAGCUAUUUUCUUUUCUUCAUGUUUUCUUUCUUUCCUUUAAAAAAAUUGAUUAAUUUAACUCGUUUCCUCUUUUAGGCUGUGAAGGCUUCGGUUUUGUUUCUUCGGGUACUGUUGACAGGUUUCUGCACUGCAUUCUCUCCUCAUUGUUGGAGGUUGCGUCUCAUCAUUUGGUCUCAACCACUAUCAUUGGCUUCUUGACUCCACGAAUGUAUAUUAUGUUGUUUACCCUCAGUGGCACUUGUGGAGUUUGGGAUGCCCUUAAAAGUGCAAAUAGCACUUAUGGCUUGGAUUAUGGUAGCUCUGCUCCUACUAGUUUUAGCUUGGGUGGCUUGCUCGCCACUAUUUUCUGUUGGUCACUAGUUUCUCUUUGGUGGUUGUCGGCUUGCUUUGGUGGUGCAGCUUGUGGCUUUAUCUGUUGGAUUGUACGGCUUGUGUUAGGGUUUCCUAAUAUUGUGUUGUGUUUUGUGGGUUUUUGCCGUUUGUGAGCUCUUUGCCUUUAUGUGUGCUUUAUGUAUUUUGUUAGUUUUAUCAUUGUAGUGGGCUCUAUGUCUGUUUGUAUUGUAUUUGGUGUGAACUCAAUUAUUUGAGUUCAUUUUGAUGUAAUCUAGUUUUUGACUUUCUA